AUGGUAAAGACAAACAAAACACAAUGUUUUACAUGUCAUAGAGAAAACAAUACAUAUACUUGUGAAGGAUGUUCAAACAGAUUUUGUGUAAUACAUUUAACAGAACAUCAACAACUGUUAAAUGAACAAUUACAUCAUAUUAUUGAUGAUUAUAAUGAAUUUAAACAAAGAAUUAAUCAACAAAAACAAAGUCCACUUAAUCAUUCAUUAAUCAAAAAAAUUGAUCAAUGGGAAAGACAAUCAAUUGAAAUAAUUCAACAAAAAGCGCAGGAGUACAGAGAAGUUGUCAUUGAAUCAUUACAAACAUGUAUUAAUAAUAUUGAAAUGAAAUUUAAUGAUUUAAAUAAACAAAUACAACAACUUCAGAAAGAAAAUGACUUUAACGAAAUUCAGUUAAAUCAUUUAAGAAAUCAACUGAAAAAAAUUACAGAAGAAUUAAAUAGUCCGUCAAAUAUUUCUAUUAAACAAGAAUCACAAUCGUUUAUUAAUGAUAUUUCAUUUAUUUCAUUAGAAAAAAAAUCAAAAACCAGCAAAUGGAAACAAAAUGCUACCAGUAUGGCUGGUGGAAAUGGAGAAGGACAAGAAUUAAGUCAACUCAAUCGUCCUUUUGGAAUCUUUAUUGAUAAAAACAAAAAUAUUUUCAUUGCCGAUGAUUGUAAUCAUCGUAUUGUUGAAUGGAAAUAUAAUGCAAAAGAAGGACAGAUCAUUGCAGGUGGAAAUGAAAAAGGAAAUCGAAUGGAUCAAUUGAAUCGACCAACAAAUGUGAUUGUUGAUCAACAAAAUCAUUCGAUCAUUAUUGCUGAUUCUGGGAACAGACGAGUAAUUCAAUGGUUGAAUCAAGAUCAACACAUUCUGACUGAAAAUAUUGACUGUUGUGGCUUGGCAAUAGAUAAAAAUGGAUAUCUUUAUGUUUCUGAUAUUGUGAAGAAUGAAGUGAGACGAUGGAAAAUAAGUGAAUACAACAACGAAGGAAUUGUAGUAGCAGGUGGAAACGAAAAAGGAGAUGAACUCAAUCAAUUCAAUCAUCCUAAUUUUAUCUUUGUUGACGAAGAUCAAUCUGUUUAUGUAUCGGAUACAGGUAAUCAUCGUGUGAUGAAAUGGAGAAAAGGUGCAAAAGAAGGAAGAAUUAUGGCUGGCGGAAAUGGUGAAGGAGGAGAUCUCAAUCAAUUGUCUUAUCCUCGUGGAGUCAUUGUCGAUCAUUUGGGUCAGAUCUAUGUGGCAGAUUUUGGGAAUGAUCGAGUUAUGCGUUGGUGUGAAGGAAACGAUGAAGGUGAAAUUGUUGUUGGUGGAAAUGGAAAAGAAGAUCACUCGAAUUACCCUCGUGGUUUGUCUUUUGAUGAUGAAGGAAGUCUUUAUGUUGUCGAUUCUCUUAAUCAUCGAAUUGCAAAAUUUGAGAUAAUUUUGUGA